GCGGAGCGGCGACCGAGCCGUGCGCGCCGCACAGGGCAGCCUCGAAUCCGCCGCCUCCGCCGCCGCCGCGGGCAGGGCCCCUCAUCCCGGGCUGGGAUUCAGCGGCGGCUGCCGGCGGACCACGAGGCGCCACCAUGGUGUGCGGGGGCUUCGCGUGCUCCAAGAACUGCCUCUGCGCCCUCAACCUGCUUUACACCUUGGUCAGCUUGCUGCUGAUUGGCAUCGCCGCCUGGGGCAUCGGCUUCGGACUGAUCUCCAGCCUGCGAGUGGUUGGCGUGGUCAUUGCCGUGGGCAUCUUCCUGUUCCUCAUUGCGCUGGUGGGCCUGAUCGGAGCUGUGAAACACCACCAGGUGUUGCUGUUUUUUUAUAUGAUUAUUCUCUUACUUGUAUUUAUUGUUCAGUUCUCUGUGUCUUGUGCAUGUUUGGCCCUGAACCAGGAGCAGCAGCGCCAGCUCCUGGAGGUUGGUUGGAACAACACAGCUAGUGCUCGCAAUGACAUCCAGAGGAACCUGAACUGCUGUGGGUUCCGGAGUUUCAACCUCAACGACACCUGUCUGGCGAGCUGUGUGAAGAGCAGCCAGUCCUGCCCUCUGUGUGCUCCUAUCAUCGGAAGAUACGCAGGGGAGGUCCUGAGGUUUGUGGGAGGCAUCGGCCUCUUCUUCAGCUUCACAGAGAUCCUGGGUGUUUGGCUCACGUACAGAUACCGGAACCAGAAGGAUCCUCGUGCGAACCCCAGUGCUUUCCUCUGAGGAGCAGACGGGGGCCGUCUUCCCCGUUUCGAACCUGGGUCACUUUCUCUAACUUUAAUUGAAGCUCAUUUUCCCAUGCGAUGAAGGGUGCGGUGUCUUUGAGAUGACAUCGUUGACUGCAGAAUUCUAUAUUUUUACUAUUACUUUUCUCUAAAUGUUUUUUUUUCU